CUGCUGACUCCUUCGUUGAACCAAUGCUUCUUCCAUAAAUCUCCCACUCCACAAGCUUCAGAAAUUCUCUUCCAUGAUCACUUCCUCUGUCAUAAUUAAUUAACGUCAAAGUCCAAAGGAAUUGGAGGGAACCGCUAUCCAUCCAUCCAUGGAGGCUUGCGGAUGGGCUGCUAGAGACACUUCUGGGGUUCUCUCUCCGUUUAAAUUCCGCACAAGGGCUAAUGGCAGUAGCGACAUUACGCUGAAGAUUCUGUAUUGCGGGAUAUGCCACACGGACCUUUACUUCAUCAAGAAUGAACUGGGGAUUACCAUUUACCCUAUCGUGCCUGGCCACGAAAUCAUAGGCGAAGUAAUAGAAGUAGGGGACAAUGUCAAGAAAUUUCGGCUUGGCGAAAAGGCCGGGGUCGGUUGCAUGGUCAGUUCUUGUCGGGAAUGUGAAAACUGUACUCAAGGCUCAGAAAACUACUGCUCAAAGGUCAUCGGGACGUACAACUCCUUGAACCGAGCCGAUGGGUCAAUGACUUACGGCGGAUACUCAGAUAAGUUGGUGGUGGAUGAGCACUUUGCAGUGCGAGUGCCCGACGGUCUGGCACUAGACGGGGCAGCCCCUCUGCUUUGUGCCGGUGUAACAGUGUAUAGUCCCCUUGUAUAUUAUGGGCUUUCUAAGCCUGGGACGAGAUUGGGCUUGGUAGGCCUUGGUGGCCUCGGCCAUAUGGCUGUUAAGUUUGCAAAAGCUCUCGGCCUCGAGGUCACUGUAAUAAGUAGGUCUCCGGCCAAGCGUAUCGAAGCCAUGGACCGUCUUGGCGCCGAUGCAUUUUUGGUUAUGAACGACCAAGAGCAACUUCAGGCUGCAACAGCCACGAUGGACGGUAUCCUUAACACAGCUUCAGGAGCGCACAAUCUCACACCGCUGAUUAAUUUGCUAAAGACCAACGGCAAGUUAAUUCUUCUGGGCGCUUUUGCUGCGCCUGCUGAGAUACCGGUUUUCCCUAUGCUCAUCGGUCGAAAAUUAGUUGGAGGCAGUGUGAUCGGGGGAAUGAAGGAAACGCAGGAAGUGAUGGACUUUGCGGCAAAGCACCACAUCACAGCAGAUGUCGAAGUGAUUCAUAUAGAUUAUGUGAACACCGCGAUGGACCGACUCGCCCAUGGCGAUGUCAAGUACCGGUUCGUCAUCGAUGUGGCAAAUUCUUUGGCCCCUCAUACUUGAUAAAAGAGAAAGGACCCUUGUGAUCACAAUAAAAUUGGGAACCUAUGAGUAAGACCAACUGCAUAGUACAAAGUGAACCCCAAACUUAUACCGAACAAUGAGCGAGAUCAACUUUGUAAUUUCUUUCUUCUAAAGAUAUUGACCGCGGAAAGAACUUAAAUAA